GUGGACGUCGAAGUUAAUUGACCAUUGACAAUCUAAUAGGGUCAUAUCUAAUCCGAUUGCUAAACAAGGCCAUCGUCUCUCUCUAUCAAUCAGCGACGGAAAUAAAUGGAAGGUCAAGGUUGUUGUGGCGGCGGCGGCGGAAAGACGGAGAUGAUACCGACGGAGGAAGCUCUGAGAAUAGUAUUCGGCGUCUCUAAGCGUCUGCCUCCGGUAAUCGUAUCGCUGUAUGAAGCACUUGGGAAAGUGUUGGCGGAAGAUAUUCGAGCUCCUGAUCCUUUACCUCCAUAUCCUGCUUCCGUCAAGGAUGGGUACGCAGUUGUUGCUUCAGAUGGUCCUGGAGAAUAUCCGGUGAUUACUGAAUCAAGAGCUGGGAAUGAUGGUUUGGGUGUGACUGUUACUCCUGGAACUGUGGCUUAUGUGACAACUGGUGGACCUAUACCUGAUGGUGCGGACGCAGUUGUCCAAGUUGAGGACACUAAAGUAAUUGGAGACGUCUCAACUGAAUCAAAAAGAGUAAAAAUACUGAUUCAAACCAAGAAAGGCACCGAUAUCCGUAGAGUGGUAUGCUUUCUUCUUUUCUCGUUUAUGUAACCAGUGUUGUACUUGAUAUCUUUGAUUUCUUAUAUCUCUUACUGUUUGCUAAAUAGUUGAAAUCUCGUACUUUUCUUUUAUAUGUAACGCCAUUUGUUGAUCUAAGACCAUUUUUUUAGGAGUAUGCCUAACCGAUUUGUUAAAUAAAUUGAAUUACUGUGUCGUUUGAUGGGUAAGUUAUUGGAACAAAUGGAAGAUGGUGGGCUAGUUUUGGAUAUGUACUUGAAUUGUCGGACAGCAUCCUGUUUUUUGUUAUUAUCUAGGUUUGUGUUUGCAAUGUUUCUUAGAGAAAAGACUCUUGUGGGACUAAGAAUAAGCAUGCAUGAGGUCACCGCUAGAAGACCUGGGGAUAGAUAAAGCAUGUUUCUCUCGUAUUAACCAUCAAAUCUAAGUAGGUGAUGAAAAGCAGCUUUUUCAGCUGUUUGGAGGAGAUACAAUCGUCAUAUGUUCAUUAUUGUUUGACAAUUUAUAUGCUAGGGUUGUGAUAUUGAGAAAGAUGCAACUGUACUAACAACUGGAGAAAGAAUUGGUGCCUCAGAAAUCGGCUUGCUAGCAACCGCAGGAGUAACCAUGGUGAAGGUAUAUCCUAUGCCAAUAGUUGCUAUUCUCUCUACUGGAGAUGAACUUGUGGAGCCGACAGCUGGGACUUUAGGUCGUGGGCAGAUUAGGGACUCAAAUCGAGCAAUGUUAGUGGCAGCAGUGAUGCAGCAGCAAUGCAAAGUUGUUGACCUUGGAAUUGUUAGAGAUGAUAGAAAAGAACUUGAGAAGGUUUUGGACGAGGCCGUAUCCUCUGGAGUUGAUAUUAUUUUAACUUCUGGUGGUGUUUCAAUGGGAGACAGGGAUUUCGUCAAGCCAUUACUCGAAGAGAAAGGGAAAGUAUAUUUCAGCAAGGUAUUGAUGAAACCCGGGAAACCUUUGACCUUCGCCGAGAUUAGAGCAAAACCAACUGAAAGUAUGCUGGGGAAAACAGUCCUUGCAUUUGGAUUACCUGGAAAUCCUGUGAGCUGUUUGGUUUGUUUCAAUAUCUUUGUUGUGCCUACAAUCCGCCAGCUUGCAGGAUGGACAAGCCCCCAUCCACUGAGAGUGCGACUUCGACUUCAGGAGCCCAUCAAGUCUGAUCCCAUCCGCCCCGAGUUUCAUCGGGCCAUAAUCAAAUGGAAAGACAACGAUGGAUCAGGGACUCCCGGAUUUGUUGCUGAGAGCACUGGACAUCAGAUGAGCAGUAGGCUUUUAAGUAUGAGGUCGGCUAAUGCUUUGUUGGAGUUGCCUGCUACGGGAAAUGUGCUUUCUGCUGGAAGUUCUGUAUCAGCUAUAAUUGUUUCUGAUAUUAGUGCCUUUUCAAUAGACAAGAAAGCCUCAUUAUCAGAACCAGGCUCUAUUCGGAAAGAAAAGAAGUACGAUGAAGUACCUGGGCCUGAGUAUAAAGUGGCUAUUCUUACCGUCAGUGAUACUGUCUCAGCUGGGGCUGGACCUGAUCGAAGUGGGCCCAGAGCUGUGUCAGUAGUUGAUUCCUCGUCUGAAAAACUGGGGGGAGCUAAGGUAGUUGCAACAGCUGUUGUCCCCGAUGAAGUGGAAAGAAUAAAAGACAUUCUUCAGAAAUGGAGCGAUGUUGACGAAAUGGAUCUCAUUCUUACACUUGGUGGUACUGGCUUCACUCCAAGAGAUGUAACACCUGAAGCAACGAAAAAGGUGAUCGAGAGAGAAACACCCGGUCUCCUCUUUGUUAUGAUGCAAGAGAGCUUAAAGAUCACUCCAUUUGCGAUGCUCUCGCGCUCUGCGGCAGGAAUUAGAGGCUCAACAUUGAUAAUCAACAUGCCUGGAAACCCAAACGCAGUGGCCGAGUGUAUGGAGGCUCUGUUACCUGCAUUGAAACACGCACUGAAGCAGAUCAAAGGAGACAAGAGAGAGAAACAUCCGAAGCACAUACCUCACGCAGAAGCCACCCUACCGACUGAUACAUGGGACCAAAGCUAUAAGUCAGCCUAUGAGACGGGAGAGAAGAAAGAAGAGGCUGGAUGUUCUUGUACUCACUAAAACUCUCCAGCUUCUCCACAAAGCCCCAAGUGAUUUUGCUCUGCACUGUUGUGACUGUAAAACUUUUGACAAGUUUUGUGUUUGCUGAGUUAGUUACACGAAACCCAAAUACUAUAUAUGGUGCGAAAUGUAGUUUUUGUAAUAAGGUUCUACUUUUUUGUAAUAAUAUGCAUAUCCCUUGAUGAGAAAAAUACUUUGCAUAAGCCAAAUAACAGAAAAUAUCAACAAUUUGAUUAAACAUUCAUUUUCGGUUUGGUUUACG